CUAUGGUCGAUGCUACCGUACAGUAGAAAUAACCUCGCAUAGCAAGAAACGUUACUGCAUCUCUCGUACGGAGUACUCCGUAUCUGCAUAUCGGUACAUAACGCCCCUCCAGAGUUCCACCGUCAAGUCACGACGAUCCGAAUAGCCUCGCCCCUCCUUUCUUUCCUCGCCCACCGCCUUUCCAAUGACCCCACCACCGCAAUCAGGAGACAAGCCUCCUUAAACAGUCUUUCAUUUUCUUUUCCCCUGGUUGUUUGUCUUUCUUCCCUCUCUCCAUAAUUCUUCCUUUUCCACCCUCUUCCGCUGUUCAAUCUCCAUCGUUAACAGCGAAUCCCCCCUCUUCCCCCUCCCUUACCUCUCUCUCCGCAUCCAUUGUUUGGGUCCCGUACCCCGCCCCUCUAUCAAUCUACAAAAUGACCGACCACCACGACGACGAUCUCGCCGCCCAGAAGACCGAGGGCUUCAAGGUUGGCGAGAAGAAGACCCUGCAGGAGUACCAGGAGCUCGACAAGGACGAUGAAGCCAUGAACCGCUGGAAGGCCUCUCUGGGCCUGAACUCCGGUGAACCCAUCGGUCAGCCCAACGACCCCAAGUGUGUGAUCAAGUCCCUGGCUUUGGUCACCCAGGGUCGCCCCGACGUCGUGAUCGAGCUAUCUACCCCCGAGGCCGUCAACAGCCUCAAGGACAAGCCUUUCACGAUCAAGGAAGGUGCCAAGUUCCACAUCAAGGUCGUUUUCCAGGUCAAUCACGAAGUCCUCAGUGGCCUCAAGUACAUCCAGGUCGUCAAGCGCAAGGGUAUCCGUGUCAGCAAGGACCAGGAGAUGCUCGGCAGCUAUGCUCCCAGCACCACCCACAAGACUUCCUACACCAAGGAGUUCGCUGAGGAAGAGGCCCCCUCGGGCAUGCUUGCUCGCGGUCACUACAAUGCCGUCUCCAAGUUUGUCGACGACGAUGAACACACUCACCUGCUGUUCGAGUGGUCUUUCGAUAUCGCCAAGGAUUGGUAAAUCAGGACUUCUCAUCUCCAUCUCUUGGAAUGUCAAACUGCCUUUGAGUUCUUGAGCGGCCCAUUGUUUUUUUUUCCAAGCGUGACGAAUUUCCUUGAUACCAAAAGCCUGGUAGAGAUGGCCCCGAGCUCGGUGGGCCUGGUCUUUGAUACUGCAUAGUUUUUUUUCUACAACGCACGCUCUGAUCCUUGCAGGGUGUCGGGCUGGUUUUUCUCUUCUUGUUCUGCGUCUGUUUUCAUUUAUCCAAGAAUGUCAUGUCUGCG